AGCCCUUGCGGCUCAGAAAUCUGCUCCACUGACCGGGUAGUUGACUUGGUGUCGGUGGAGGAAGGACGGCAUGUCUCAGGGUUAUGGUGGCAACUCAUACGGCGCCGAAGACCAGGAGCGCUUGCUGGAUGAAGCCACUGCUGUGGUGAAAGAACAGGCUUUCUACAUGAAGAAAGCCAUUGACGGUGACAAUGUCAGAGAGGCCCUGAAGAACGCCUCGAAUAUGAUCUGCGAGCUCCGCACCUCUUUGUUGUCUCCUAAGAACUAUUUCGAGCUCUACAUGCAGGUCUUCAACGAAAUGCAGCAUCUCUCGGGAUUUUUUGGCGACAAGAACCGCCACAAGAAGAAGAUGAUCGAUCUUUACGAAUCCGUGCAGCAUGCUGGCAAUAUUUUGCCCCGGCUCUACUUGCUGGCUACAGUGGCAGCUGCAUAUAUCAAAUCCCUAGAGGCUCCGGCCAAAGAGAUCCUGAAAGAUGUGAACGAACUCUGCAAAGGUGUUCAGCAUCCUCUCCGUGGUCUUUUCCUUCGUUACUAUUUGUCACAAAUGCUCAAGGACAAGCUGCCAGAUACAGGCUCUGGCUUCGAGGGGGAAGGCGGUGACAUCAACGAUGCCUUUGAUUUUAUUUUCACGAACUUCAAUGAAAGCAAUCGGCUUUGGGUCCGCAUCCAGAACCAGGGGCCUGCAAGGGAGAAAGAUCGUCGAGAAAGGGAGCGACACGACCUACGUGUUCUUGUGGGAGCCAACCUGGUUCGCCUGAGUCAGCUAGAUGGCAUGACGAUGGAGUUCUAUGCCGAGACAGCUUUGCCCAAAAUCUUGGACCACAUUGUUUCCGUCAAGGACCAAAUGUCUCAGCAAUACUUGCUGGAGAGCAUGAUUCAGGUGUUCCCUGAUGAGUUUCACAUCCGUACACUUGAGCAGAUGCUGUCAGCCUAUGCACGGGCUCUGCCGAGCGUGGACAUGAAACCAAUCAUGGUCACUCUCAUGAACCGUUUGGCGAAUUACUUAUCAGAGGCAGAUCCGGAGAAGGUCCAGUCAGCCGGAGACAUUUUCACAUUGUUCCGAACACAUUUGCAAGGAAUUCUGGAACGGGCACUUCAGCCGCAAGGGGCGACUGGUGCGGCAGACAUUGCACCCGCUUUGGAGGUCUUGGCAGCGUUCAUGCAAUUCACAGUGUCCCUCUACCCCGACCAGGUGCACUACGUUGAUAUCAUUCUGGGUUCUGCCGCAGAUUUGCUUCGGAAGUUCAAUGAGACAGGCUGCGCUCUCUCAGAGAAGGCUGUGGAUCAGGUGGGCGAGUUGCUGGCAGGGCCGAUGAAAACAUUGGCACUGGGAGUGCUGAAGAUGGAGCACUUCGCAGCACUUGUGAGCUUUCUGAACUUUGAGACAAGGAAGCAAGUCUCUUUGUCCAUGGUCACAGCCAUCGUUGAGGAAGACCGUCCACUGAACAGCGUCGAGGAUGUCAAAGCCCUUUUCAACUUUAUCUCCCCACUCGUGAAGGAUGAGGCAGACACACCAGCGGACGAAGGGAAGGACAAAGCUCGUUUCGCAGAGGAGCAGCAGAAGGUCUGCAAGCUCGUGCACCAGGUGCGGCAUGAAGACACUGACGUGGAAUAUCAAAUUCUCACAGAGAUGCGAGGUUUCUUCGGACAGGGUGGCCCUCAAAGGCUGAUUUUCUCUUUGCAACCCAUCUUCUUCGGUGCCCUGGGCUUGGUGCCAAAGAUUCAUGCCCGAGAAAAGCGGCGGCAGGAGGAGGGCGACGAAGUCGUUCCGCCGCCUGCAAUCAGUCUCAAGAAGGUUUUUCAGUUCUUGCACCGGACGAACACUGCGCUCAUGCAGUCGUCGCCGGAAGUGGCGCUCCAGUUGUGGCUCACUGCGUCUGUGGUAGCUGACCAAGUGGAACGCGUCGAACAACAGGGCGGUUUCGAGCCAAUUUGCUACGAAUUCCUGACCCAGGCCCUGGUGCUCUUUGAGGAAGAAAUUUCAGACAGCUCAAAGCAGUACAAGGGAAUUCAUGCAAUAGUUGGCACCCUUUGCAAGAUCGUUGCUUUGGACCCUGAGAACUUUGACAACGUCUCUCAGAAAAUCACCAGGCAUGCUGCAAAGUUGCUGAAGAAGCCCAUGCAGUGCCGUGCCGUCUCCGCAUGCUCGCAGCUCUUUUGGUGCGAUGCACGGCGGGACGCCAAACGCGUGCGGGAGUGCUUGGAGAGGUGUGUGAAGACUUGCGAGGCGGUGGUUCAGUCAGACCCCGCACAGACUGGCCUUUGGGUUGAGAUGCUGGACAGAUACAUUUACUAUUUCGAGACCAACUGUGAAGAGGUGGACGUUGACUUUCUACAGAGACUACUGGCGAUUUGCCUAGAGCACAUCAACUUCGCCCUCAGGGAUCAACAAGCUGAGAAGGAAGCCAAGAAGGCGCAGGCUCACUUGGAGUCGACGGUGGCUUACCUGAAGAAAAUGAAAGAAAGUUCUUCCCGGUUUGCCGAGCUGAAAUUAUGACGGAGGACGUGAAGAAGCCCAGUUCUGGGCCAAUUCAUCAUUUCACGGCACCCAUGCAGCAAGCGGCAGGGGGCCAUGACUCGGUGGUGGAAGAAAAAGAAC